UAGUACUAGUUUUGCGUCGCAACCAUGAAGUAGGCCCCACGAUUCGUAAUUAUUUAGUUAAAGUUAAUUAGAGAGUUAAGGAAAAAUGGAAAUUUUAACUGCAGAUAGUUCUAAACUGCCCUGGGAACAGAAAGAUGUAGACACGAGGGAUUGGUUCCUGGUGGGUUCUACCACACAGGUUCCCCUCAUCGUUGCUUCGUACUUGGCAUUCGUUCUGCUUAUCGGACCACGGCUGAUGAAGAACAGACCACCGUUCCAGCUGACUGGCAUAAUACUAGUGUACAAUAUACUUCAAGUGCUAGGGUCCGUGUUUAUGUUGCACGUGGGAGUUGGGCUCUUGUACAACAUAGUGACAAGGAAGGAGCAAUGUGUAAAUGAUUCAAAGGAACUACAGUACAUGUAUUUCAGCGCGUUACACAUUUAUUUCCUCGCAAAAUUGACGGAACUUCUAGACACUAUAUUCUUCGUGCUCCGUAAGAAGGAUCGUCAAGUCUCCUUCUUGCACGUCUACCACCACUCCGUUGUAUUCUUCUACUCCUGGGCUCUGUUGUCCUACAAGGAGGCUUUCGUUUUCGUCACAGUGAUCGGAUUCAUGAACUCUUUCGUACAUCUGAUCAUGUACUCGUACUACGCCCUGUCAGUGUUACCAAGCAUAUCAAAAUACCUGUGGUGGAAGAAGUAUAUCACAAAAAUUCAGAUGAUCCAGUUUUCUCUGAUGAUAGCCUACAUACUGUUCGAAUAUACGACGUCGCCCUGCAAGCUGCCUAAGUCAGUGGCAACACAUUUGUUAUUCAACAUCUCGCUAGUGUUCGCCUUGUUCGUCAAUUUCUACAUACAGACAUACAAAUCGUCACAAAAUUCAAAGAAAUCAUAAUAAAUAAUACUUAUGUAAA